GGAGGAGAGCAGCCCAGCGUCAUUCCAGCCUCAGAGGCGCUGCAGAGAUGGCGACGACGACGACGACAGCAGCCACGCUGACCACCGUCCAGCCUCUCUCUCUGGACAGAGAUGUUGCCAGAGCAAUUGAAUUGCUGGAGAAACUACAGGAAUCGGGAGAAGUACCCGGACACAAACUACAGUCACUUAAAAAAGUCCUGCAGAGCGAGUUUUGUACAGCUAUCAGAGAGGUAUAUCAGUAUAUGCACGAAACCAUAACUGUUAAUGGAUGCCCAGAAUUCCGUGCCAGGGCUACUGCAAAGGCAACCGUUGCGGCUUUUGCAGCCAGUGAAGGCCAUUCUCACCCCCGGGUGGUAGAACUGCCAAAGACUGAUGAAGGCCUUGGCUUCAAUGUCAUGGGAGGAAAGGAACAAAAUUCUCCUAUUUAUAUUUCUCGCAUAAUUCCUGGAGGAAUAGCUGAGAGGCAUGGAGGACUCAAACGCGGAGACCAGCUGCUUUCAGUCAAUGGAGUGAGUGUGGAAGGAGAACAUCAUGAAAAAGCUGUGGAGCUUCUGAAGGCUGCUAAAGACAGUGUCAAGCUGGUGGUACGCUACACUCCAAAAGUACUGGAUGAAAUGGAGGCUCGCUUUGAAAAACUGAGGACAGCACGACGCAGACAACAGCAACAGCUGUUAAUUCAGCAGCAACAGCAAAAUGCACAGCAAAAUCAUAUGUCGUAGGUGGUUCUCAAGAAAGAAAUUCUAAGAAUUCAAGAACUUGAAAGCAAAGCUGUGUUUCGUAUUCCAGCAACCAGUAAAAGAAGCAGCAGCAAUGACAAUACAACUGCAUUCACCAGCAAACUGUGAAAGAAUGCCAUAAGAAUUGUUUGGCAAGCCAACAACAUAAUAAACCUGUUCUGUGGGGGUUUUCUGUGUAUUGAAGUUUUAGGAUGAAAGGUUUUUUUUGAUUCUACUCCUGUUGAAUGGUAAGGUUGUUAAUAUAAAAAGUUGUUUUAAAAAGAAGAAAAACAGUUAUGACUUCUGAAUGACUUCUGAAUGAAUAUAUGUAUAUCUGGUCCAAUCCUACACACUUUACAAGGAUACUCCAGUGAGAAUCUGCCAGACAGAUGUAAGAUGAACCACUGCCAAGAGUGGAGACAGUCCAAAAUUCAUUGCCCUGAUCCUGUAAAAGCUAUUUACAGGAAACCAGUAGCAUCAGUCUGUAGAUGGGAAUACACAUCAGGAUGUACAUCCCCCUUAAGGGUAAUGAAGUGUGGAUACCUUGCAUUGACAUUUGGAUGCCAUCCCUUUUAUGUAAACGGUUCUUUAUAAAUAUGGAGAAGUGAUAAAUGUGAUAAAGCCUUAUUUCAUGUUUACAUCUUCUUAUCUGGAUUAAGGCCUGUGCGAGAGAUGAACAAUUUAACGGGAAGAUUCCAUCAAUUAAAAAUGUUGCCACUUUAAAAUCCCUCAUACAUUUUAUGUAACAUCCUACCAAAGUGUUGUAUAGUUGUGAAGGUUCAGUUUGUAAUACUUUUCCAGUUUAUUUCCCUUGGAAACAGUUACUAUAUUUAUCCUGGGGCCACAGGAUUUAGCUGAUUACUCAAUUAGAUCUAAUCAAACAAAUAUAUGUUCUGUGAUGAAAAAUGCUCCUGGUUAAAAAAAAUUUAACAAUUAUAAUACAAGUACUUUAAAAGUUGUUGGUGGCAUGGAGGCUGUCUUAGUAGAGGCAUCUUGCUUUCUUUAAAUAUAAAGGAGUGGUUUAAGAUGGUGCCUUGUCCUGCCACAAAUUUGCAUCAUCUAAAGAUGAUUGCUUAAACAACCAAAUUACUUUAAUUAAACAAUAGGCCUGCUUCAUAGAGUAUUUCAUUUAAUGAUCCAUUCUACUCUUGGUAUACCCAUAUGUUCUACUGAUCAGGUUUAAUUCUAUCUUUUGUUAGUCGUAAGAGUAGAGAACUAGAACUGUAGAGAUCUAGAAUUGUAUUUUUGAAUAUAGAUAUUGCUAAUAUAUCUACUAUAGCUAUUAUUAUCCAGAAAUCUAUAACUGCAUAUACAGUAUAUUUAUAAGAUACAUACAUACAUAUAUAUAUAUAAAAUAAAUAUAUAUACACAUAUAUAUUGUCAGAAUGUAUUUGGUCCAGAAGUAGGCUCUGUAGUUACUGUAUGUUUUCAGAUAAUGUGAAUGAGACAGAACUUAGUGUGGGAACAACAAAUAUUACCAGGUAUCUCUGUAUUUUGUGUAGUUUUAAAAUAUAUUAUUUAGUUUAUUUAUGUUGUUAAGUUUCAUAUACUAAAUUGCUUUGCUGAGAACUAGAAUAGUAUAUUGACUAAGAGACUGAGAUGCAAAUUAGGAUUCCUCAAUUCCAAUCACAUCUAUUUCCCAUGGAUUCACUAGAUGUCCCGCUGCAAGGCAUACUCUCUCUCUCUCUCUCUCUCUCUCUCUCUCUCUCUUAGCCUCAGUCAUCUCAUUUGCACUAGUAAGAGAGAACAGUGAUAAUGACUUACUUUAUAGAAUUGUAAGGAUCACAACAAGAUAGUAAGCAUUAAGUACUCUGAACACUUUAAAGAAAUAUAUAGAUGUUAUAUAUUAUAAUUAUCAAGUCUACUUCAUUUAUAGAAUGGGAGGCAGGUCUUCCCUAAAGAGGCACAAAUGACUAAUAAGGUAGUGCAGGUAAUUGGCUUUCUGUGAAUAUUUGCAACAAAAAGACUGAUCUACACAUACAGUAAAAUGAAGUGGGGAUCCUAGAAUAGGAGGAUUUGACUAAAAAGGAUACCUUGAUUUGAUUCUAUACUUGUGAACAAAAUGUCCUGAAAUUAAAUCAGAUUUCAAAUAAAUUCAAUUAUUUUUAAACAAGGAGUGUUACAUCUAUGCAAAGCUUAUGAAAAAGUGUCAAGAGAAAAAGAAAAUGGAAUGGGGCGCAUCUGGGUAGAGCAAAAAGGUUGCACCAUUUCUUGCUUUAGUUCCCUGUUUGUUUGUUGUUUGUUUGUUUAAUCCAAAUAAAGUUUCUGUUGUUCUAUACUAUUAUAGGCAAUUCUCAA